AUGUUUUCUUUGGGAGUAGAGUUUGUUUUUCCUCUGCUCUUGCCCCACAGCUCCGUGAGGUUGGACAGGUGCCAACUCAAACAGCUCGCCUCACCCCUCCCCUUCCUCACCCCUACUCACCCCCUUCCCCUCCUCACCCCUCCCCUUCCUCACCCCUACUCACCCCCUCCUCACCCCCUGCCCCCUCCUCACCCCUCCUCACCCCCUCCUCACCCCCUGCCCCCUCCUCACCCCUCCUCACCCCCUCCUCACCCCUCCUCACCCCCUGCCCCCUCCUCACCCCUCCUCACCCCCUCCUCACCCCUCCCCUUCCUCAUCCCUCCUCACCCCCUCCUCACCCCUCCUCACCCCCUUCCCCUCCUCACCCCCUCCUCACCCCCUCCUCACCCCCUGCCCCCCCUCACCCCUCCUCACCCUCUGCCCCCUUCUCAGACUUAA